AUGCCUAGGGGUUCUCGACCCGAUCGUGCACUGGCGAGAAAGUUGGAAUCCGAGCACUCGCAUAAACAGGUCCAUUUCCAUCAGCUGACUUUUUUGGAAUAUGGGACUAUAACCGGUGGGACGUUUGUUGCUGGAUUAAAAAGAGAACAGAAAGAGCAAGGAGAACGUUCUUCUGGAAUGAUUAAAAGGCUUUUACCAUCUAAGGAUCUGGAGGAAAUCUGGAGAUUGAUCAUGGAUCGUUUGAAUGAAAAAAAACAUAAAAUUCAAGCAAUAGGAUCAAGAAUAAUUGGUCAAGUGUUGAGUGGUUGCGAAUUCUGA